GGAUUCUCCUCCUCUUUCUCCCAAAGAAAAUCAACAUACGUUCAUAAGGCCUCGCGGGCCUCGAUCAGCGUCGACCCCCUCUCUCCCUUGCCGGUUUUGUCGGUCAUGAUGCGAGCAGCUGCAGGACCUUUGCAGACAGUUAGAUCCCUCGAACCCAACCACCAAGUGUUUCCGAUUCCCUCGCUCAGCGCGCGCGUCUACCGAUUUUCUUAAUCUCACAGCACCCGGUGAUUUCAAAACACAACACACAACUUAUUUAACACCGUUUCUCGAGAAUAUUCGGCCUAUUCACAUAUUCAUUAGUCACUUCAUAAACUUGGAUCCAGGAGUCCCCUGAGCCCGCAAUGCCUGGCUUACCGGCGAGUAUCGACCUGGACGAGUGCAUCGAACGGUUGUAUAAAAAAGAGCUGCUGGCAGACUCGGUCGUGGAGGCGAUAUGCGCCAAGGCGAAAGAACUGUUGAUGAAGGAGAGCAAUGUCGUCCACAUUGCGGCUCCCGUGACGGUCGUCGGUGAUAUCCACGGGCAGUUCUUUGACAUGAUUGAGAUUUUCAAGAUUGGGGGUUUCUGUCCGAAUACGAAUUAUUUAUUUCUGGGCGACUACGUAGAUCGAGGUCUCUUCAGCGUCGAAACCAUCUCCCUCCUCGUCUGCCUCAAGCUGCGAUACCCGCAACGCGUCCACCUCAUCCGCGGCAACCACGAAUCCCGCGGCGUGACGCAGUCCUACGGGUUCUACACGGAGUGCGCGCGCAAAUACGGCAACGCCAACGUAUGGCACUACUUCACGGACAUGUUCGACUUCCUGACCCUCAGCGUCGUCAUCAACGACCAGAUCUUCUGCGUCCACGGCGGCCUCUCCCCCUCCAUCCACUCCAUCGACCAGAUCAAGAUCAUCGACCGCUUCCGCGAAAUCCCCCACGAGGGCCCCAUGGCCGACCUCGUCUGGUCCGACCCGGACACCGAGCGCGACGAGUUCUCCCUCUCCCCCCGCGGCGCUGGGUAUACCUUUGGCGCGCAGGUCGUCCGCAAGUUCCUCGAGGUGAACAGCAUGUCGCAUAUUCUGCGCGCUCAUCAGCUGUGUCAGGAGGGGUACCAGGUGCUGUAUGAUGAUCGGCUCAGUACCGUCUGGAGUGCGCCCAACUAUUGCUACCGCUGCGGGAACCUCGCUAGUGUGCUCGAGGUAAGCGACUCCGGCGAACGGUUCUUCAAUAUCUUCGAUGCGGCGCCUGAGAACGAUACACAUCGCUCGGAGCAGCAGGCUCAGCAGAACAAGGACGGCCAGAGCCCUGUGAUUGACUAUUUUUUGUGAUACCCGAUUUAUUUAUUCUUAUGAUUUAUUCCCAUGUCUAUCCUACCUUGUUCCAUUUUCUAUCUUGUUUCCCUUUAUACGAUCUUCCCACUGCAAUCUUGGAGUUUGGUACAUAAAGCAUUUAUAGACAGCGUGGUUGAUACGACGCGAAGAAAA